CAGCUUUGUUUGCUGUCAUGUGAGAUUAUUAAUUUUGAUAUUGCUUCAUUUAUGACGUACAAAAUGAUUAAAAAUAUAAGAUCUAAAAUAGAUCUGACAGAAAUACGUAAAGAAACGUUGAUAGAAAGAGUAUUCAAAUUGAUUGCUAUAUUGAUGGUAAUAGUUUUUCCUGUCGCUUUGGUGUUCUGUUUCCGGGUUGUAAAACAAUAUAAAAGGGCGGUUAUUUUACGAUUUGGUAGAGUAAGAGAUGACUCUCCAGUUGGUCCUGGUAUAAUUUGGGUCGUUCCAUGCACCGACAACAUUGUCUUUAUAGAUAUGAGAACUCAAUCUUUUAACUUGGCUCCACAGGAAAUCUUAACAAAAGACUUGGUGACAGUUCACGUUGAUGCUGUUGUAUACUUUCACGUCAUGAAUCCACUUUGCAGUCUGCUUAACGUCCAAUCACACAAAAAAGCUACUGAACUUCUCUCUGUGGCACUUUUAAGAAAUAUUUUAGGACAGUUUACACUCUCCGACUUACUUUCGAAUCGAUUUAAAAUAAGUGAUGCGCUUCGUAAAGAAAUCGAUAAGGGAACGAUGGAGUGGGGCGUCGAAGUCGAAAGAGUUGAAAUUAAAGAUGUGAUACUGCCCUUUGAAUUGCAAAAGGCAAUGGCAGCAGAAGCGGAAGGAUCGCGAAUCGCUAAAUCCAAAAUAAUAGAAGCAGAAGGAGAGAUCAAAGCCGCUGAAAAUCUUAGGGAUGCUUCAAAAAUCAUGAUGGAGAAUCCCAAAGCCAUGCUGCUCAGAUAUUUGCAAGCUUUGAGUACAAUUGCGUCCCAACAAAGGAAUACAAUUAUAUUUCCAUUCCCAAUCGAAAUUCCAAGGCAAUAAAAACUCACGAAAAAAAACAAUGACAAUAUUUUUUUUAGUUCUGUCCGUUCUGUCAAAUUCUUUUGCUAUUUCUAUAAGUUUACACGUUUUUUAUAAACCACGCUAUGUCUGAACACGAAAAGUUAAAAGUUAGUCAACAAGAGCCCCGGCAGACGUCCAUUUCACUCACUCCAAAAGACGUUGAAAAGGGUUCACCAAAUAUUUUCAAGCCUCGUCUUCAACUUAACAAAGAAAAGGACAAACUUAUUGAAAAGUUUUUAAUAUUUAUGUCUAUCAUACUUGUUGUUCUCGCCUUUCCGCUAUCAUUGAUAUGCAUAUUUGUGGUUAGUCGUCAAUUUGAAAGAGCUGUCAUUCUAAGGAACGGAAAAGUUCAUAAGAACAAAGCUUUUGGCCCUGGACUGCUUUUUUACCUACCUUGUGUUGACUCUGUUAAAUUCAUAGAUUUGAGGACAUUCUGCUAUGAAGUGCCACCACAAGAAGCCUUAACCAAGGAUUCUUUGACUGUGUCUGUAGAUGCAGUUGUGUUCUAUAAAGUUUUCGAACCAGUUUGGGCCGUCAUCAAUGUUAGUAACUACAGAAUCGCUACUCAAUUCUUAGCGUCAACCACUUUGCGAAAUGCGUUAGGAACGACAAAACUCAGCGAUGUGCUUAUUAAUAGACCAGUAAUUAGCCAACAGGUACUAGAACUUAUGAAAAACACUACGAAAGAAUGGGGUGUUAAAGUUCUCAAAGUUGAAAUAAAAGACAUAAGACUGCCACUGCAGUUGCAAAAGGCAAUGGCCGCUGAGGCUGAGUCGACAAGAUUGGCUAAUGCUAAAAUAAUAGUUGCCAAAUCAGAAAUAGAAACGAUAAAAAAUCUUCAGGUAGCAACCACUUUGUUGAUGGAGAAUCCCAUGGGAAUGCAACUUCGCUAUCUACAGUCCUUGCAGUUGAUUGCCGGGGAAGGCACGCACACAGUUGUAUUCCCAUUUUCGUUUGAAAUGUUCCAGAAGUUGUUUAGUAAAUAAAAUUUUUGUUUAACAA